AUGUCCAUCGACCACAUCGGCCUCCACGUCCCCGCCUCAAUCUACAAAGAGACGGUAGACUGGUACCUCGCCGCCCUCGCCCCCAUCGGCUUCAAGAAAUUCGUCGAGCCGAACGAGUACGCAUGCGGUCUCGGCGUCCAGCGGCCCGAUUUCUGGAUCGCGUCUCAUAAAGCUGAAAAGGCGAAUAUUCCGCUUCACAUUGGCUUCAAGGCGGACAACCGUAAGGUGAUUGAUGAGUUUCACAAGGCUGCUCUUGCUGCGGGCGGAAAGGAUAAUGGUGCGCCUGGGUUAAGGCCGCAGUAUCAUCCUAAUUACUACGGCGCGUUUGUGAUUGAUCCUUCGGGGAAUAAUGUCGAGGUUGUCUGCCACAUGCCGGAGGUGACAGAGUAG